AUGAAUUCAAUUGAUUCAUUUCAAUUCGGUGAUGAAUCGAUGAAAGAAGUAAAUAAUGAAUCAACAAUAGUUAUAAUUAAUGUUAGUGGAUGUCGAUAUGAAACACGAUUAUCUACUCUCGAAAAUUUUCCCGAAACGCUUUUGGGCAAUGAAAAUAAACGAAAAAAUUUCUGGAAUAAUCAACGAAAAGAAUACUUUUUCGAUCGACAUCGAGGUUGUUUCGAAUGUAUUUUGCAUUACUAUCAAACAAAUGGACGUAUUCGUCGACCAGAUACUAUUUUAUUAGAUAUAUUUAUUGAGGAAAUUUUGUUUUUUCAAUUAGGUCCAACAGCAUAUGAUCAAGUAAAGGAAUCGGAAAAUUUAAAAGAAUUUAAAAAUAAACCGAUGCCGAAAAAACAUUGGCGCAAAGUUCUUUGGUGCCUUAUGCAAUAUCCUGAAAGUUCGUUAGCAGCUUCAUUUAUCACUAUCACUACGUUAAUUUUAACUGUUCUCUCUUGUCUCACGUUGGCUAUUGAAACUUUACCCAUGUUCAAUGGUUAUUCCCUAAAUUCUUGUUUUAAUCAAGCAAAUAUUUCUCUUAACACAAAUGUUAUUGUUAUUUGCUCCCAAGUAUUUGCAUCACCAUUUUUCAUUAUUCAAACUAUUUGCGUUUCUUAUUUUACAAUCGAAUUUCUUCUUCGUUUAAUUAGUACUCCAUCUUAUAAACGAUUUUUUUUGUCCUUUUUUACUUAUAUUGAUCUGGCAGCUAUUAUUCCUUACUUUAUCUAUUUAGGUUUUGCAUUAAAUAAGUCAUUUAUCUAUAUAGAUCCGGAGUCUACAAUCAGUAUAAAUGUUUUACUUGUAUUACCUUUAUUUCGUAUAUUAAAACUAUUUCUUAUUUUUAAAUAUUUGAAAUCAUUACGUACUCUUGGUACAGCUAUUAAAGAAUCUUUUGCUGAUUUUAUUGGAGCAUUUACCGGUAUACUUCUUUUGGCAUUUCUAUUCGGAGCAGCGUGUUAUGUUGCUGAAGUUCAAGACAAUGGAGUUAUGUUCGAUUCAAUUCCGAGAUCAUUCUAUUGGGGAAUAAUCACAAUUAUGACUGUUGGCUAUGGAGAUAUGUAUCCGAUAACAUGGGCUGGUCGUACAAUAGCUUGUAUAUGUGCUUUAUCUGGUGCAGCUACGAUUGGUACGCUCAUUUCAAUUCUAGUCGAUCGUUAUCAACGUGCCUUUAAUCGAAAGACAUACUGGCCCUAUCACUAUCAGCAAACGUCAUCGAUCGAACUCACUAAUGUUAAUACUAAAUUAGAAUAA